GAGCUUUGGUCGCAGUUCGCCUACAACGAAGGUCGGACGUGUAACUCAUUUAGAGUUGAAGAAAUACCAGGCGAAAAAUAAAAGGCAGGGUGUGUAUAUAUAUGUGUGUGAGAGAGGGGUUAGGCUGCACUGGGAGCAGCUAUGGGUGAGAUCGAGGGCACCUACCGCUCCUUGCAGACUCCCGCAGGAACACGGCUCGGAGCUCAGUACAACACCGGCAUCAGCACCCUGGAGCCCGGGCAGAGCCUCAGUUCAGCCAUGGGAGCAGGAGGGAAAGGCUACACCAGGGGCCUGCAGAUCCGCGUCCAGGGCCUGGAUGAUGCUCAGGAGUUCUAUGACCUUGAGUCAAAAGCGGAUGGGCAGACUCUUCACUCUGAAGUGUUCAGACGGAUCAAUCUCAUUGAGAGCGAUUACUUCGGUCUGGAGUUUCAGAACCUGCAGAUGAACUGGGUUUGGCUGGAGCCCACCAAGCUCAUAGUGAAGCAAGUGAGACGGCCGAUGAACACACUCUUUCGGCUGUCAGUGAAGUUCUUUCCUCCAGAUCCUGGUCAGCUUCAGGAGGAGUUUACUAGGUACUUGUUUUCACUGCAGAUCAAGAGGGAUCUUAUAGACGGUCGACUGAACUGCACAGAAAACACUGCCGCCCUGCUGGCCUCUCAUUUGGUGCAGUCCGAGAUCGGUGACUACGACGACAUAGCAGACAGGGAGUUUCUGAAGAUUACUAAACUGCUGCCAUAUCAGGAACGUGUGCAAGAAAAGAUCAUGGAGCUCCACCGCAGACACAUUGGGCAGACCCCAGCAGAAUCAGAUUUCCAGGUUCUGGAGAUCGCUCGUAAACUGGAGAUGUAUGGGGUUCGCUUUCAUCCUGCCGCUGACCGAGAAGGCACCAAGAUCAACCUGGCUGUCGCACACAUGGGCCUGCAGGUCUUUCAGGGUCACACCAAAAUCAACACAUUUAACUGGUCUAAAAUUCGGAAGCUGAGUUUUAAGAGGAAGCGAUUUUUGAUUAAAUUGCACCCAGAGGUUCAUGGUCCUCAUCAGGAUACGCUGGAAUUUCUAAUGGGCAGUCGAGAUCAGUGUAAGAUCUUCUGGAAGAACUGUGUGGAGCAUCACUCGUUUUUCCGUCUGUUAGAUCAGCCUCAGCCCAAAACCAAAGCCAUCUUCUUCAGCAGAGGAUCCUCCUUCAGAUACAGUGGGAGGACGCAGAAGCAGCUUGUUGAGUAUGUGAGGGACAGCGGGUUGAGAAGAACUCCUUACCAGAGGAGGAACAGUAAGAUACGCAUGUCAACACGGUCCUUGGCUUCUGAUGUGCCAAAACAGAAUCUGUGUUUUAACGACAGUCUAAGGUCUCCAGUCCCUCCUUCCUCUGUCACCGCCUCCUUCCACUCCCUGCAUGCCCCCAGCUCGCCCAUGCGGAUGGAGACCCCGAACCAGCUGGUACAUCUUCAGCAGACGCAGCAGUCCAUCAGAGCCCCCAGCCCAAUGCAGCAGGACUCCAUCAAGACCAACUCCCAAUCCACCUACGCCUUCCCAGACUCUGCCACGGACAGCCCACAGCUCUCUCCCUUCAACACCAAGGGUCCUCUGUGUCUGUCGCCCUCUUUCCAGAUGUCCACACUCAGUCUUCCAGGCCAGGCACCUUCGCCCUUGCAGAGCCCCAUCUUGAACGAGGUGGGCAGUGCCAGACUAGAGGAAGACGAAGAGGGCAGGAGGAAGAGAUAUCCCACCGACAAAGCCUACUUCAUUGCUAAAGAGAUUCUGACUACAGAGAGGACUUACCUGAAGGAUCUGGAGGUCAUCACAGUGUGGUUCCGCAGUGCAGUGAUUAAAGAAAACGCAAUGCCUGAGGGUCUCAUGACCCUCCUGUUCUCUAACAUCGACCCCAUCUAUGAGUUCCACAGAGGCUUCCUCAAAGAGAUUGACCAAAGGCUGGCUCUCUGGGAGGGGCGCUCUAACGCUCACGUAAAAGGAGAUUACCAACGAAUUGGAGAUGUUAUGCUGCACAACAUGUGCGCUCUCAAGGAGUUCACAGGCUAUCUGCAGAAGCAUGAUGAGGUGUUAACAGAGCUUGAGAAAGCUACGAAGCGCGUGAAGAAGUUGGAGACUGUGUAUAAAGAGUUUGAGCUGCAGAAGGUGUGCUACCUGCCCCUCAACACCUUCCUGCUGAAGCCCAUCCAGAGACUCAUGCACUACAAACUCAUCCUGGAGCGUCUGUGUAAGCAUUACGCCCCCCAGCACAGAGACUACGAGGACUGCCAAGAGGCACUGAAAGAAGUUGCAGGGAUUGCAACUCAGCUGCAGAGCAGUCUGAUUCGACUGGAGAACUUUCAGAAGCUGACAGAACUUCAGAGGGAUCUGAUUGGCAUUGAGAACCUUACGGCUCCGGGAAGAGAAUUUAUCAGGGAAGGUUGUCUCUACAAGCUCACGAAGAAGGGUCUGCAGCAGAGGAUGUUUUUUCUUUUUUCAGACAUGCUGCUGUACACAAGCAAAGGGGUAACCGCUACCAAUCAGUUUAAAGUUCAUGGACAGCUUCCCCUGCAUGGGAUGAUUGUGGAGGAGAGUGAGAACGAGUGGUCUGUUCCUCACUGUUUCACCAUAUAUUCUGCUCAGAGGACCAUUGUGGUGGCAGCUAGCUCCAAAGUAGAGAUGAACAAAUGGAUUGAAGAUCUGAACAUGGCUAUUGACAUGUCAAAAAAAUGUCAGGAGAAAUCCGAUCUCCUGUUGGACCCAAGCCUGUGUGAUCGCUCCAACAGAUCAUCCGAUGAAGUGUCUCUGGAGCAGGAGUCAGAGGAUGACAUGAACUCUUCCCGCUGCUCUCUGGACAAGCAGAGCCACCACAGGGCCAACACCACCAUGCAUGUGUGCUGGCACCGCAACACCAGCGUCUCUAUGUCUGACCACAGCCUAGCCGUGGAGAACCAGCUGUCUGGUUACCUCCUAAGGAAGUUCAAGAACAGCAAUGGCUGGCAGAAACUCUGGGUGGUCUUCACCAACUUUUGCCUGUUCUUCUAUAAGACACACCAGGAUGACUUCCCCUUGGCCAGUCUGCCGUUGCUAGGUUACACAGUCAGUACCCCGGGGGAAUCGGAUAGCAUCCAUAAGGAAUACGUCUUCAAGCUGCAGUUCAAGUCCCAUGUUUACUUCUUCAGGGCAGAGAGCGAGUACACGUUUGAAAGAUGGAUGGAGGUGAUCAAAAGUGCAGCGAGCUCCGCGGGACGCAUCAGUCUGCUUGUACCCAAAGGCCCAGCGGAGAUGAACGGAGGAAGCUGAGUGUGUCGGACUGAUCUCCUGGAGCUGAGGGCUGGGCCCACUGUCUGCCAGGACCAAACACGCCAUCAGCAUUUUAUCCUUUCUGAUUCGUGGCUCUGAGAAGCAGCAGCAUCAUCAUCAUCAUCAUCAUCAGUUGAUUCUUGACUCUGGACUGUUAGCUCUCUGCUUGCUGGGAGUUCGAGCUGCUUAUUGAAACCUCAGACCGAAGAAGUUGGUCAAAGUAAGCGCUCUGUAAUCCUCUUCUCUAAAUCUUCUCUCGCUUUCUCACUAAUGAAACAAAAAGCGGGCGUCUUGCUUGUCUAGAACCGCGUUAGACUGAAAGAAUUCUUCUAGAAACCCGUUAGACUGAAUUAAGUUAUGUUUGUGUUUAUCUAGCGGACGGUUACACGUAUUGCUGUAUUCAGGUCUUUGCUGAGAUGAGUCUGUCAUUAGGAUGAGGAUAUUUAAUGACUUGUUAACUCCAGUUUAUUCAGUAGACAUCUAGUCCUGGGACAGGAAGGCUGAAUACUACUGAACGGAGUGUUGACGAACAGAGGGUUUGUAUUAAGUCCAGCUGGUGCAGUAAGUGAGAUGAAGGACUAGUGCUGUAAAAUGCGUCUCGCUGAUUUAGAAACAGUGUAAGGUUGGCGGGAGAGCACAUUUACAGCACGUGGCUCAGAGACUGGAGAUGGAUCGCCUUCACGCUGUUAAAGGGCUGAGGGUGAGCCGGAGGUAAAGGAGGGAAUCAGAGAUGAGGCGCACCGCGUGUGCUGUCCUCGUCCAACGUAGGUUAAAGCAUGUCUCGAAGGUCAUUAUUAAGCGACUGUUACUAUUUAGGGGAUUUUCGAGUUUCGAUCUGUUGUUUUUUUUUUUUUUUUUUUUUUUUAUUUAAUGGCAUUGAUUUUCUUUUAAAUCCGAAAACUAAUCAGAUGACUGAAGACUGACCAAAAUAUUAUAUUCACUAACCAAAUUAAAAUGUACCGUUUUAAUUGACGUACUCACAAAUCUCACUAGUUUAGAUUUUUGGGAUACUUGACAGAUGACCAGCUCAAGUCUAAACUAGCCCCUUCACGGGGGACGAAGCUGCGCUUUCCUUUCAGUUUCUUCCCUCUACUCACAGAGAAGAGGAAGCGGUGACGUUCAUGCAAGACCGGCCUCUAAAUCUUAAGAUUUAAACUGGGAGAAAUGGCCUAAAGCUGCCUGUUCCCCUUUUAUUAUACUGUAUAUGUGAUAUUUUCUUUUUUUAAGCAUAUUAAUAAUAAUAAUUUACAAGUUCUUUCCCAAUCUUUGAUUUAUUGAUAAAUAUUUUUUCUUUUUUUUUUUGUUACCAAUAUUUUUUUUUUGCGAGGCAUAUCUCACUCUAUAUAUAUAUAUAUAUGUGUGUGUGUGUGUGUUAUGGUCUAGUUUUGUUGGAAGGCCAGUUAUUUGUUGUUUUAGCAGCAUGAUGAAGUUCCACAGCAUGUGUGACAGUGUUACGUUUACUUAUCAGCUUCACUUUAUGAAGACAGAUCUGUACCACAUCUGAUUUGGGAGAUUUCUCUUGCCUCUUUUUGGAGUGUCGGUUGUAUUUAUAAGGCUUUCGGCUUCGUCUGUUCAACAUGCUGUACUGGGUCCAACCAAAGACCUGAAGAAGUCUUGCAUAAGCCCGAAAAGGUCGGCCAAAGUUAGUCGGCCACACGUUAAGCAGUGUCGCUUUGUGUACUCUUAACAAUAUACUGUAAGCAGCUAUCAUCUCGACAUGAGCUCAGCUAGUCUGACGUGUUUCAGCUCCUUCUUAAUUCACUAAUGCACUGUGUGGGCUCAUGGUUUCCACCCUUUUUUUUUUUUUUUUUUUUUUUUUUUUUGUACAUUUUAUGCAAGGACUGGAAUCAUUUUCUUCUCCUCGUUUUCUGUAUCUGGCAAUAAGAGGGUUGGAUGAACGUUUUUUUGUUUUUUUUUCCAUCCCGGAUUGCUAAGCACGAGAAAAGGGAGUUUUACUCAAAGACCUCAGUUUCCUGUCUCAUUCUGAGAGGCACUAAAAUGAGUUUUGAUGGAAUCGCUUCUCUCCAGCUUUUACUAUUUAUUUAGCGUAGCAUGUUGCCGAGGCGUUGCUCCUGUACACACCGCAUGUAGCAAGUUUCAUGUUAUGACGUUGAAGGGAUGUCAAAUAAAACUGAACUGUGUAAACAUUU